UAGCAUAAUUGUAUACAUCGUGCAUGAUCGCGAUGGCAGCUUAUACAUCAAAGUGUGACCACGGUCGAGACACAAAAAUUGCUAAAUUUAUACGCGAGACAAUUCGAUAUACGUUCACCGCUUCCUGUAUGUCAGAAAUCUUGAGUUGGCGAGGUUCCCUCGUAACUCAGGCUCAACGAAAAAUAGAUAAUUAACGAGCCAUUCGGUGUUCGUUUCGAACAUCGUGUGUUAAACUAUGAUGAUUUUGACGAAUUCUUAUCAGCUCGAGCCGAGUUUCCCCUAUCGAAAUGUGACAGUGCGUCGGGGCGUGGAAUUCAAGGAUCAUUAUGACAUCGAAUCUGAGAUCGGACGAGGAAAAUUUGGCACCGUUUAUCGAUGUAAGGAGAAAGUAAGCGACUUGAUGCUCGCCGCGAAGGUGGUGAACACGGCGAAAAAGGAGGACAAGCGAUCGGUGGAACGAGAGGUGGAAAUUAUGAGACGGUUACAACAUCCACGACUUAUUCAGCUCUACGAUGCCAUUGACACCGGCAAGCAGAUAUACGUAAUUUUGGAACUGAUCGAAGGCGGCGAACUAUUUGAGAGGGUGAUAGACGACGAUUUCGUGUUGACCGAGCGUAGCUGCGCCGUUUUCAUGCGACAGAUCUGCGAGGGUAUAGAGUUCGUUCACCGACAGAAUAUUUUACAUCUCGAUUUAAAGCCUGAAAACAUAUUAUGUUUGACAAAGGAGGGUAAUAGGAUCAAAAUCAUAGACUUCGGCCUGGCGAGGGAGUACGAUCCAAAGAAGAAGUUGCAAGUUCUAUUUGGCACGCCGGAGUUCGUUGCACCGGAAGUCGUAAAUUUCGAUCAGAUUGGUUAUGGUACCGACAUGUGGAGUAUAGGCGUCAUCUGUUACGUAUUAUUAUCCGGUUUGUCACCGUUCAUGGGGGACACAGACAUCGAGACAAUGGCGAACGUGACCAUCGCGAAGUACGACUUUGAUCAUGACGCAUUCGCCAAUAUAUCCGAAGACGCGAAGGAUUUUAUCCGUUGUCUGCUAGUCAAAGACAAAGACAAACGAAUGUCGGCCACGCACUGCAGGGAACAUCGUUGGUUGGUGAAGAAGCCAACGACGCAGCAACAGCAGCAGGUCGAGCAAACGGCGACGAUAUCGAAGCCGAAGACUCCAGAUCUGCCAAUCCCUCGAGUGGAAACGAGCAGCGUAGACGAGUUGGACGUGACCAAGGACAAUCUGAGGCUGUUCGUGGAGCGCUGGCGUGAGCACCCUGACAGCCCGUACAUCAUAGAUAUUCCUCAGUGCGUGUUGACUCAACAGAAUUCGACUCGCGAUUACGAGGAAUUAGUGUCGUUAGGAGGUCACAGUCCGUCGCCUUGUGCCAGUAUCUCCAGCACGCCGUCGGAAGCGACGGAUAGCUCACCCCGAGAGAGCUACGGCACGUUCCUGACGGUGCCUAGCUACGGUCUCGAGAGGAGAGCCUCCGAGGGCGUCACCACGGAGAAGUCAAGGGGCGACCCUGCCAGUCAAAUCAUCUUGGCUGAUGAGAUAAUUAAAUUAUCAGAGCGUCUGAGAUCCAUAGCGACGGGAGCGAGCGGAUAUUCGAACGAGGAGGGAAGCUCCUCGGAGACUGGCGAACAGAGCAAGAAGCCGCUCGAAGACAAGGACAAGAGGAACGGUGUUCGUUCGAGGAACGGAUUGGUUUCUGAAAAUACCGAAUGCAACGAAAUUGCAGAGAAAUUGUCGAGCAUAGUAAGACACAGGAAGCUCAACGGAACUACGUUCCAUAGUAGUCGUAGUUUUGAUAGGAACACGGAAACCAGUACCGCGAAUAUGUUCGCCUCGUUGAAGAUGUCGAAGCAGAAGAAAGAGGAGGAAAGAAGCCGAAAAGGCUCUAUAGAAUCAGUUAGGUCGGAAUCUUUCGACAAGAAAGUGGAAGAUAUAACGAGUAAGAAAAAUGAAAUAAUAUUUAACAGAAACGAGGCUGAGAUGGAUCUUACUCCACCGUGGCGGCGUGCACGAGUGAAACAAUUUGGCGAGACUAGUAGAGACGUCCCACGAAUUUCUGCCCUUCGUAAUUUGCAUAAGAGUCUGAAUCUGGAUGAACCUACUAAUACCAAGGAUUUGUUGCUACAUUUGCUUGGUGAAUGGGAAGGUGCCACGAGGUCGUCAGGAGUUGGUCGCAAGUCUGUCAGCGUCGAUUGGUGUGGCGAGGAAUCUGUUGCUAGGAAAACGAUGAACUCUUUGGCCGAAUAUUUCCAAUCGAAACAACAAAAGUCGACGGCGACUAACGUUAGUUCAUCCACGUCGAGUUCGAUACAUCGUUGAGACGACUCCGUUGAUGGAGUUGAUGGCUACGUUGGAUUUGCCUGUCGUUUCUGACGACGACGACGACGACGAUGAAGAUCGUUCGCCAUUGUGAAGUUCUCAGGGCAAUACAAGAUACAGAGACGGUGGUGGAUGACACAGUGAAGAUAUACGAUUAUUUUUUGUUUAAUGUAUACAAAUAGCGUUGCUACUUCCGGUUUGGAUGGAACUGAAGAGUUUGUAAUGAGUGCGCAAUUUCAUUUGAAUUCAUUUGUGUCGAAUUCAAGUAAAUACGUGAGUUCCUGGUGAAUUGCUCGUGUUGUCAAAUUUAUUAUGUUCGAUUUAGAAAAAAAAA